AGCGGUUAAACAAGUGGUUAGUACUAUAAGAUUUGACCUGCGCGAACACAUGGCCGCGCCACGCCCGCCAUUUAUAUCCUACCCUCCCUCCUCGAUCUUCCUCCUCCGGAUCUCACCUCCGCUAACGAAUCUCGGUACGUGCAGCCGGCUUCGUUCGUGCACACGGGCAUUACUCUGGUCGAACCUCGGUCGACGAGGCUAGCUCGAGGAAGGCCGCGCAUGGGCAACUCCAUCGGCGGGAGGCGGCGGAGGGCGCGGGUGAUGACGGUGGACGGCGCCACGUACAAGUACCGCCCGCCCGCCGCGGCCGGGGACGCGCUGCGGGACCACCCGGGCCACCGCCUGCUGGACGCGGAGGAGGUGCGCCGCCUCGGCGUGCGCGCGCGCCCGCUCGACCCGGACGCGCCGCUCAAGCCCGGGAGGCUCUACUUCCUCGUCGAGCUCCCCAGGAUGUUGACCGCCCGGCGGCCGCCCCAGCGGUCGUGGUCGGGCGCGCUCAGCUACGACGGCGGCGCCGGGGAGCGGCUCGAGAGCCUGAUGCUGGCGCGGCGCUCGGCCUCGGACGUGGCGGCGUCGGCGUCGCUGCUGGCGUCCCCCGCGCGGCCGUCCGUGGAGGCCGCCGCCGGGGACGGCGGCGCCGUGCGGCUCCGGGUGCGCCUGCCCAAGGCCGACGUCCAGCGCCUCGUCGAGGGCAGCCGCGACGCCGCGGAGGCCGCCGAGCGGAUCAUGCAGCUCUGCGUCGAGCGGGACCAGCAGCGCCGGCACCGCUCCGCCCCCGGCACGCCCCUCGUCGUGCCGGUGGCCGCCGCCAACAUGCCGGCGCCGGCGAUCGCGCGCAAGGACAGCAGCAAGCCCCCGGCGGCCGCCGGCGCCGGCAAGAAAGAGAAACGGGCGAGGUUCAUGACGGUGCCGGACGAGAUCAUCGGCUUCUGAUCGAUAGAUCGGAGGAGCCUGAACUGGAACCUGAUCAGGCUCCCGGUGAAAUUCCCCUCAGUCUCAGGCCUGUAAAGCCCCAAGCUAGCCGGAGAAAGAAUCUGAAGGAUGGGAGAUAGCUGUGUGACAUUACUGCCGGCCGGGAACACGAGAAGCGCUAGCUGCAUGUGAAUGCCUUCCUGUCUCCGAUCCCUGGCACUUGUGUUCUGCAGUAGCAGUAGCAGUAGCAUUUUGGUGUGAAUGUGUGUGUGUGUGGUGAUCCACUCACUUAUACUCAUGGUACAUAUUGGACUGGUUGAUGAAUGCCUAGUAGUGCGAUCGAAUCCCAACUUUUCCUUCUCCUUU